AUGUUCGGUAGAAAGAAAAACAAUCAUUCAGAAGGCCAUGGCCCUCAAUCAGCCCCAACUUGGGACAUCCCUGUAUUCUUCGGCCUUAUGUUCCUCCUCUCCAUCGCAGAAUUAUUCUUCACAAUCGAUUCGUUCCAGUACCUCCAGAAAACGCACACAUGGCAUUCCACGACCGAGCGCGCAAGACUGGCGUUCCUGAUCUUCUCCUGCGUGAGGACGAUUGCAUUAAGUGCUGUAUACCUCGGAUUUCACUGUGCUACGAAGAUCUUCCAUAGCAUGUUCCACACGAUAUUUUUGGUCAUCUCAACGAUACUUUGGGUUGUGUCUGGCGUCUUGAUUCAUACGAUGUGGGGUUUUAUAAUCUGCAAUCAAGGCGUUGGCCCCAUCAAAGGAGGCUUGACUGAAUGUCAUGAGCUUAAGAUAAUAGAGAUUAUUGCAUGGGUGUUGGCUGGAGUGAGCGUCAUAGCAACUGUGCCUGUUGUGAUCAACUCAACGAAGAGACGGAAGAGAGAGGCAGAUAUGAAGAAGACGCACAACUCUGGAUGA